CACAGAGGACCAGUUCAUGUGGGCGCAGGGAGCUUCAUGUCGAGGAUGCCGGCAUGAGUUGCUGGGUUGGAAAUAUCCUGGCGCUGGGUUCCUCUCAUCACGCAGGGCGCUCCCGGUUGCUGCACCCGUAAAACUCCGCAAUGCCCGCCGACCCAACACCACCGCCGCCAAGGAGACCGCGUCGGCCGCGGCCGCCGCCGCCGGAAAGGGAGAGGGUAUUAAGGCGUUUUUGCCGCACCACCUCUCCCCUCGCUGGAACGAGCGCCACGACAUCUGCGUCUUCGGCACUCACCUUUGUCGGCUGUCUCUCAGCGAGGCGGCCGGGCACCUGUCGUUCGUUUGCUUGGGGAUAGGCUUCUUGGAGACGGAGUUGCUGCCGCUGAGAGUCUACGCGGCCGCGGGCGUGUCGGCAUCAAUCGUCUUCCAGUACUACAGACCGCAGCCGUUGUGGAUACCCAUAUCUUGGAACUUUGUGUUUCUCGCCAUCAACAUCGGUAUGGCGGGAGUCCUGCUCAAGGAGGAGCGCGACGCUACGCGGCAGGACCAAGAAACGGCUGCCCUCUACGACAAGACGUUUCGUGAAUCAGGACUAACCGCGGUGGACUUCAUGAAGAUCAGAGGCAUCUCGGAGGACUGGAGGCAUCCCGCAGGUGAUGUCCUGGCAGAACAAGACGUGACGCAGAAGAGGCUGUAUCUCGUCAUGGAGGGGGAGCUGCAGGUGUCCAAGGGCGGCAACGAUAUUGCCCCCGUUAAAGCGGGAGAAUUCGCGGGAGAGAUGAGCUUUCUUCGGCACGUUCGAAGGGAGUGCGAAGGAUCGGCGGGGACCCCCGAAGUAUGUGACUGUGUCGCUGUCGCCAAUGUGAAAGUGAAGCACGGUGGAGCCAAGGUGACGUCAUGGCAGUUCGACGAGUUGAGAGACCUGCUGGCGCACAAUCCUAACAUGUCGGUCCGUUUCCACGCCGCCCUAGCCAGGGCGAUGGUGUCCAAGCUGGUGGACACGCACAACCCCGCGGUCAAGUACCGGCAGUUGCUCACGGGGGUGCUCGUGGAUGGCGUCGUGACAACGAUGGAGAAGGACGAGCUCGAAAAGAUGCGGCAAGACAUGAGCGUGGACGAAGCCACACACACGGCAGAGCUCAAGGCUGCGGGUUGGAGUACCCAGGAGUUCGACCAAGGCUACCAAGACGAUUUUUCGACUCGGACGUACGAAGCACUGGCGAAGGAAGUCCUGCGCGACGGCACCGUCAACGACAAGGGCAGAACAAAGCUUCGGAUACACCGUCAAAACAACGGUGUAGACUCGCUACACCACAUGCGCGUGCUGAAGAAACUGGGCUGGAGUCUCGACCAGUUGGAAGAGGGGACGACGGCAAGUCACCGUACCCCCCUCUCGACAACGGCGCCGGCCGGUACGCAGCCUUCAACGUGACGGAGGAAGAACUCGAUCUCGAAAGGGUAGUCUCUCUAUGAGGUCAUCAUGUUUGCUUUCUAAAAAGUAAUCUGUUCCUCUGCAGGAAGUGAGGUCAUUCACAAAUCGAGGCAAAAGGUGAGUUUCUCGUUUUCUGUGUUAUUUCAGAAGGCAACCUCGGCGUGUGUUAUUUUCUCGGCACUCCCUGAAGUCUACCGGAAGAAACGGUGUUUGGGUACUCUCGGUAGAGGGCAGAAGGGGGG